AUUUUUGGAGCUUGUACAGGUGUAAGCUUUUUGACCAUAACCAAUGGAGGUUCUUCCAACAACAGCCGAUUGAUUCGGCCGAGAUUUUCAUUUCUCACAGCUAUUUUCUCUCUCUCUUUCUCUCCACCUAUUUUGCAGGGUAUGGGCUUUUCGCUUAAUCAUCGAAAUCGAAGAGGAUAACGAAAGUUAUGGCUUCUGGUUGACUCCACUUGGACAACAACAAUCUCACUCCUCUCUUUCUUCUCCCUUCCUCCUUCUGAUCAUUUUCUAUAUAUAUAUAUGGCAUUUGCCCCUUUCAUUCACGCGCGCUGUUGCUACAACCCCUUUAUUGGUCCUCAAAGAAACGGUUCUUCUCAUGGACCUGUAGGGAACUCCUCGUUUUCUUCUUCCUCUUCCUCCUGUUCUUCCUCUUCUCCCUGUUCUUCCUCUUCUGAUUUGAAUCACAGUUGGAGAUUACCUGGCUUUGGAUCUCAAGCUAUGAGUACUUCAACCCUCGGAACAUUCUCAUCAUCCAAUAGCAUUGGAAAUGUGCAAAACAAGCCCGAUCAUCUUCUUGUCCUUGUUCAUGGCAUCAUGGCUAGCCCAAGUGAUUGGACAUACUUUGAAGCAGAGUUGAAAAGGCGUCUUGGAAGAAACUAUUUAAUAUAUGCAAGUUCGUCAAAUAGUUUUACUAAAACUUUCACUGGAAUUGAUGGAGCCGGAAAAAGAUUAGCUGAUGAGGUCUUGCAAGUGGUACAUAAAACAGAGAGCUUAAAAAGGAUAUCUUUUUUGGCCCAUUCUCUUGGUGGUUUGUUUGCGAGAUAUGCUAUUGCUGUACUUUACAAUAACUCAAGUUCAUUGAAUAGUAGCAGCAUGCCAAAUGAUCCUUGCAAUUCUUCGAAAAAAGGUGUAAUUGCUGGACUUGAGCCGAUCAGUUUCAUUACCUUGGCAACUCCUCAUUUGGGAGUGAGAGGUAAAAAGCAGCUUCCUUUUCUUCUGGGAGUUCCUCUACUAGAGAAACUUGCUGCACCAAUAGCUCCUAUUGUCGUGGGUCGAACGGGUAGUCAACUAUUCCUUACCGAUGGAAAACCUUAUAAACCACCACUUCUAUUAAGAAUGGCAUCCGAUUGUGAUGAAGGGAAAUUCAUAUCUGCCCUGGGUUCUUUUCGGUCCCGCAUUCUUUAUGCCAAUGUAGCUUAUGAUCAUAUGGUUGGUUGGCGCACUUCGUCUAUAAGGAGGGAAAAUGAACUUAUCAAGCCGCCUCGCCGAUCAUUGGAUGGUUACAAGCAUGUCGUAGACGUGGAAUAUUAUCCUCCUGUUUCCUCCGCUGGUCCCCAUUUCCCCCCUGAAGCAGCUCAAGCAAAGGAGGCCGCACAAAAAUCACCAUCCACAAACAAUACUGAGGAUUAUCAUGAAAUCAUGGAAGAGGAGAUGAUUCGCGGCUUACAACAGUUGGGAUGGAAAAAAGUUGAUGUCAGCUUUCAUUCCUCAUUCUGGCCGUUCUUCGCACAUAACAACAUCCACGUGAAAAACGAAUGGCUUUACAAUGCUGGUGCUGGCGUGGUAGCUCAUGUUGCAGACACACUCAAGCAACAAGAACCGUCUUCAUUUGCCCCUCUGGCAAGCUUAUAGCAGUCAGCUAUAUCUCAGUUGCAGUAGAAUUUAAUCAUGUUGAAGAAUAAGCAGGUUGCAAAAAUGAGAGAGUAUCACAUCACAGAUUGUUUUAUACUGUCAUAGUUUAGUAUAUUGUGUAGCUUGUUGGAUGAAAGGGUUUUUGCAUAGCUCUGAGCCACAUGUAAAAAGCUUUAUCAGGGAGAAAUUAAGGGCAAUUCUAUAUUUGUUUCUCUACAAACAUGAUGCUGAAUAAAAAAAAAAAAAAGUAACAUUAAUCAUCAUGAUGAUUAGCAAUAAACUAGGAUUGUUAUUCCUUCUUCCAUA